UUCGAUUUUCUUGGUGCAGGUACAACUGGUUCAGGCUCAUAUCAAUCUACCUGCGAAGCCAAGAUGAUUGACGAAUACACCGAUCCCGUUGCCGUCUGCAAUGUCAACGAUUUGCAGGAGUGUGAAAUGAAGCCGUUCGAAUUCAACGAGAACACGAAGGUUCUGGUGGUCAAACAGCGAGAUCAAAUCAAGGCGAUCGGCAAUAAGUGUACACAUUAUGGUGCCCCUUUGCACACUGGUGUGCUGGGUGAUGGUCGGGUUCGUUGUCCCUGGCAUGGGGCAUGUUUCAGCAUUGAUACGGGUGAUAUUGAAGAUUUCCCCGGUCUCGAUUCACUGCCUUGCUAUAAAGUAGAUGUCCAACCUGAUGGCCAGGUUAUGGUACGUGCCAAGCGUAAAGAUUUAGAAAAGGCCCGGCGUCUCAAGGAUAUGGUUAAACGUGAUCCAGCCAAUCAGGAAUGUUAUGUUAUUGUAGGUGGUGGUCCGGCAGGUGCCGUGUGUGCCGAAACCCUACGACAAGAAGGUUUUACCGGUCGCAUUGUUAUGAUCUGCAAGGAAACACACUUACCUUAUGAUCGCGUAAAAUUGACCAAAGCCGCGAAUACUCAAAUUGAAACCAUACAAUUCCGUAAACCUGAAUUCUAUGAAGAAUAUGGCAUUGAAACUCUGAUGGGAGUCUCAGCCACCAACAUGAACUGUGAAGAGAAAACUCUGAACCUUUCCAACCAAACCUCCUUGAAAUAUGAUAAAAUCUUUAUUGCCACCGGUUGUACGGCCAGCAAGCCACCAAUCAGAGGUUCCGAUCUCAAGGGGGUUAUGGUUGUACGGGAAUAUGAUGAUGUAUUGGAAAUCAACAAACUCAUUAAACCCGAAGCCAAUUUGGUGUGUCUGGGUUCCAGUUUCAUUGCCUUAGAGGCUGCCCAGGCAUGGACCAAGAAGGUUAAAAGUACCACUCUAAUUUCUCGCACUGAAUACCCCUUGAUGGCCAGUUUUGGCCCCCUGAUUGGUGAACGUGUUCUACGCCUGUUCCGUGAUCAAGGUGUCAACUGUGUCAUGGACAGCGGAAUUACCGAAAUCAUUGGCAACAGUGAUAACCAGGUGACCGAAGUUGUUCUCAAGGAUGGCACCAAACUGCCUUGUGAUAUUCUCAUUAUGGGUACUGGCUCCAAAUUCAAUACCGAAUUCCUGAAGGGUUCUGGUUUACCUCUCAACGCAAACGGUUCCAUUGAUACCGAUCUAUAUCUCAAGACUUUGGUUGAUGAUGUCUAUGUUGGUGGUGAUAUUGCCAAUGCUCCCGUGUAUUCCUACAAUCAAGAACGUGUCGCCAUUGGCCAUUACCAAUUGGCUCAAUAUCAUGGUCGUCUUGCUGCCCUCAACAUGGUUGGUAAAUCCCCCGAAGAACUACGUUCCGUCCCAUUCUUCUUUACCAUGUUAUUUGGUAAAGGUUUCCGUUAUUCGGGUUAUGGUGCCUAUUCCGAUGUUGUCAUUGAGGGUGAUUUGGAAAAUUUGAAAUUUGUUGCCUAUUUCAUUGAUGAACAAGAUAAGGUUGUGGGAGUGGCUUCGUGUGGUCGUGAUCCCAUCGUUGCCCAAUUUGCUGAGCUACAGAGUCAAGGUAAAUCACUGUAUCGUAAAGAUCUGCAAGAGGAUGCCAGUGAUCCCGUGGCUUGGACUAAAAAACUUAAAGUUCUCGGUAAAUGCAUUUAA